AUGGAUACUAAAUGGAUAGAAUACAAGUGUAAAUCAGGACAGACUCUGUAUUACUACAACAAAGUGACAGGAMAACGCAAGUGGCCUUCGUAUGCAAAUUGUUCAUUAACAGAAGACAAGAAGAGCGUGAACAGMCAGCCAGUCAUCAACAAAGACUUGUGUACACAGACAGAUAUUGGUUGUCCUUCCAGUUUUGGGCUAAGCACAGAAACUUCACCUCAACAAAAUACAUUUGUUUUUCAUGUAAAAGAUGUUAAAGAUGAGGAAGACAGUAGCAUAGAUGGAGAUGGAAUUAUUGAUGCAAUGUUGAAAGUUCUUGAGGAAAUAACUGAUGGGAAUGACGCUGAACAUUUGGCAGAGUUUACAAGUGAAAACAACAAUGAAGCAACAGAUAAAUAUGUCAACUAUAAAGAUAGUGAUGAGAAUAUGGAAAGUGAAAUUCAAGAAAGAGAUGGGAAUACAGGCACUGAAGACUUGAAAUUUGCAAAGAGAUCAGAUUUGACCGUUCAUCUAAGAACACAUACCGUAGAAAAGCAUUUUCAAUGCACUUAUUGUGGGAAAAAGUGUGUAAGGAAAUCCGAUUUGGUAUCUCAUUUACGAACACACACCAAAGAGAAACCCUUUCAAUGUUCUCAGUGCAAACGAUCUUUAAUAGGAGACAAUCAGGCCAUGAUUGGUCAGCCAGUCAUCAACAAAGACUUGUGUACACAGACAGAUAUUGGUUGUCCUUCCAGUUUAGGGCAAACCAUAGAAACUUCACCUCAACAAAAGCCAUUUGUUUUCCAUGCAGAAGAUGUUAGAGAUGAAGAAGACAGUAGCAUAGAUGGAGAUGGAAUUAUUGAUGCAAUGUUGAAAGUUCUUGAGGAAAUAACUGAUGGAAAUGACUCUGACCAUUUGGCAGAGUUUACAAAUGACAACAGCAACGAAACAGUAGAUAGAUAUGUCAACAAUAAAGAUAGUGGUGGGAAUAUGGAAAGUGUACUUCGAGAAGGAAAUGGAAAUGACACUGAAUGUUUGGUUGGGUUUACAAGUGACGACAUUAAUGAAGCAACAGAUAUCUCUGUUCAUAACAAUUGUCAGAAGGAGAAUGCUUUGUCUCCAGUGAAAGAAAGCAAAAUUAGUUUUAACUGUUCUUACUGCAGCAAGAAAUUUAACCACAAAAAUAAUUUGAAUGUUCACAUACGAAUACACACUGGAGAGAAACCUUAUGAAUGUUCCUUUUGCGACAAGAAAUUUGCAAAGACAUCAAAUUUGAGAAAUCAUUUCAGAACACAUACCAGAGAAAAGCCUUUUGAAUGUUCUUAUUGUGGGGAAAAAUGCGCACAGAAAUCAAAUCUGAAUUUAGUACUAGGAGCAUGCAUGGUGUGUAUUGGGUUUGUUGACAGGAUUUCAUAG